AUGGUGGUUUUUAAUGGCUUGCUGAAAAUCAAGAUCUGCGAGGCGGUGAAUCUGAAACCUACGGCGUGGUCUCUGAGGCAUGCGGUGGGUCCCAGGCCACAGACCUUUUUGCUGGACCCGUACAUAGCCCUCAAUGUGGACGACUCCAGGAUCGGGCAGACCUCAACCAAGCAAAAGACCAACAGUCCUGCUUGGAACGAUGAAUUUGUCACCGACGUUUGUAAUGGCAGGAAGAUAGAGAUGGCUGUUUUCCAUGAUGCCCCCAUCGGGUACGACGAUUUUGUAGCUAACUGCACUAUACAGUUUGAGGACUUGCUGCAGAACGGGAGCCGCCACUUCGAGGACUGGAUUGACUUGGAGCCGGAAGGCAGAGUGUAUGUCAUCAUAGACCUUUCAGGAUCAUCAGGUGAAGGUUGA